GUCACAGAAACAAAGGAGAGACAGAAACAGAGAAAGAGAGUAUAAUAAACGGGCGCCCAGAGACAGAAAAGGAGACCAGAACCUGGGAAAGAAAAUGUCCCGUUGGCCCCUUUCCUCAAUAAGCAUUCUCCAAGGAUAAGAAGUGUGCUGAGCUCAACUACUUCAAAGCACUGAAUGCCGAGUGCUGUAGGGUGGAAAGCAUGGGGGUUCCGGGGAGGCGCCGACCGGGUGGAGGAGGGGUCUCAGAGCAGCCAGGUGGUGCCUGAAUCCUGAACUUGAAGCCAGAGUGGGAGCAGGGCAGCUCUGCGCUGGGCUAGUGUUUGGGGAAAGGAAUUCCCUCCCCCUCCCUCUCCCCCGGGGCGGGGCUGAGCUCUGCUAUAAACCCAGGGGUGCUUCGCCACCUCCCCAGGUUUGGCCCGGGAGUUCACGCCUCUGCAAAUCCAGCUUUUGGUAACGGCCCUGCGGUCUCCGGGAUAGGAGGGGUGUGAAGAAGAGGUUCCCCCAGGAUGUCGGACACCGAAGAACAGGAAUAUGAGGAGGAGCAGCCUGAAGAAGAGGAGGCUGCUGAGGAGGAGGAGGAAGCCCCCGAGGAGCCGGAGCCGGUGGCAGAGCGAGAAGAGGAGCGCCCCAAACCAAGCCGUCCUGUACCUCCAUUGAUCCCCCCAAAGAUCCCAGAAGGGGAACGUGUGGACUUCGAUGACAUCCAUCGAAAGCGCAUGGAAAAAGAUCUGCUGGAGCUGCAGACGCUCAUUGACGUGCACUUUGAGCAGCGCAAGAAAGAGGAAGAGGAGCUCAUUGCGCUGAAAGACCGCAUUGAGCGGCGCCGGGCGGAGAGAGCUGAACAACAGCGCUUCAGAACGGAGAAGGAACGGGAGCGACAGGCCAAGCUGGCGGAGGAGAAGAUGAGGAAGGAGGAGGAAGAGGCCAAGAAGCGGGCUGAGGAUGACGCCAAAAAGAAGAAGGUUCUAUCCAACAUGGGAGCCCAUUUUGGGGGUUACCUGGUCAAGGCAGAACAAAAGCGGGGUAAGCGCCAGACAGGGCGGGAGAUGAAGGUGCGCAUCCUGUCUGAACGUAAAAAGCCUCUGAACAUUGACCACCUGGGAGAGGACCAGCUCCGGGACAAAGCCCAGGAACUGUCGGACUGGAUCCACCAGCUGGAGUCUGAGAAGUUUGACCUGAUGGAGAAGCUGAAGCAGCAGAAAUAUGAGAUUAAUGUGCUGUACAACCGUAUCAGCCAUGCCCAGAAGUUCCGGAAGGGGGCAGGGAAGGGCCGCCUUGGAGGCCGCUGGAAGUGAGGACCCAGGGCGGUGGCCCACCCUGAGGCACCUGGGAGCCAAUGGAGUGUUGUCCCAUCUGUAUCUUGAAAUAAAUGCUCCCCC